UGGGAACAUCCGCCAGAGGAGCGAGCAGACAGACGGGAGUGUUGCCGGGUGCAGGGACGCAGCAGCAGCAGCAGCAGCAGCAGCUCCAGAACUCACCGCUGGAAUAAUAAUUACAAUUAUUACUAUUAGAAUAAUCAAAACAGAAAAAUACAACCAUGGGUGUGGAAAUCGAGACUAUCACCCCCGGUGACGGAAGGACUUUCCCCAAAAAAGGACAGACGUGCGUGGUGCAUUAUGUCGGCUCCCUGACAGACGGACGGAAGUUCGACUCGUCUCGCGACAGGGAGAAGCCUUUUCGCUUCAAGAUCGGCAAACAGGAAGUGAUCCGAGGCUGGGAGGAAGGCGUGGUGCAGAUGAGCGUCGGACAGAGGGCCAAGCUGACCUGCUCGCCCGAUUUCGCCUACGGAAACAAAGGCCACCCGGGCAUCAUCCCUCCCAACGCCACCCUCAUCUUUGACGUCGAACUGCUGGGUCUGGAAUGAAACGAAACAAAUCCACGGCCUGUUCUUUUUUUGUGUUGCGUGACUUCCUACCUGGGUGACCUGGAGAGAAGCUAGGAGAGUCUGCCCCUUGAAUAAGAGGCUCAAGUCAACUGUUCCACUACUUAUUUCAUCAAACUACAACAGUUUCUGUUAUUUUGUCUCUGUGACUUAAUUAUAAGUAUUAUUAUAAGUUAAUUAUAUAUACUUUUUUUUCCAUCCUAUUCUUGCUCCAAGAAACUGCGGGCCAUUACCUUACAAACCUCCACAUUCUUAAUCUUGAAUGGUUUAGAACUGCUUUUCUUUGUGUGUUUUUAUUUUUAUGUUUUGACGUGUAGGUUGUGCAUGGUGACGCUGGGAAGUACAAAAAACGCUGAUGAACCACUAGCAGCUUGUCACAUUACCAAAAAAAAAAAAAAAGUGUACAAAAGGAAAUAAAAAGCACACACUUGUAUCCUAUCCAGCUCAGAUUUGGGUGAAAUGAAAGUUCGAGGCUCGGCGUGAGUCACGCGAGGCCUGAAUGGUGCAACACAGGAACUGAGCUGCAUAUAUCUCUGAGUAGAACCUCUGUUUUCUUUCUCACCGAAGACGCUAAGCGAAGGAGGCGCAAAGGAGAACCAAUCACAGCUGGCGGAUGAUGUGUGCCUCGAUGAUCUCACAGAUAUGUGGUUGCUACCUUGCCCUGUCUGCAUGUACCAGACCCGACAGAAAAACCUUAGCGCGCGUACGUCGAAAAGCUUUGCAUACGAUAUGUUAUUAUAUUUAUUACUAUUAUUAUUAGAUUUGUCUUCUACAUCUUCGCCGACUCUUUAAACCCCAUUUAAAGCCAUAAACGGGUCAAACGGUGCAAAGAAAUUUUUGAAAUUUACAAAAAAAGAAAAAGGGGGGUGGGCAGUGGAAGCAAUCAAAUUGUGACCCACCCUGACAUUAUUUUUUGAAAUGACUUCAAUCAUGUAUUUUACAGAUGCCAACUUUUUAUCUCUGGGAAUCAAUUGUUUUUUUCUUCUUUUCUUUUUUUGCCACUGUCAGUAAACUACCACACUGCCUAACGGAAGUCUGUCUCGCACACAGGCGUCCUUGUGGUUUUCUUUGUAUCUCAGAUGAAUAGUUUUAAAUGGAGUUUAAUGGAGGAGCUCGCUGGCUUGGCUGUCUGAUAUUGACCGUGGCUGUCGGUGUUUUUACAUAUUGGCCGAGCUGUGACUGGUGCGGGCGGCAGCAGUCCACCUCUGUGCUGUGUAGUCAUGUGCUGAUACGUUACUGUACGCAGGCUAAACGAAUGAAGACAUAUUUAAAAUAAAAGAAGUGCUCUCCA